AUGAGUGAACAAUCAGAGGAGUUUAUCACAUCUACCAAGUUUUCGACUAUUCGAAGAAAGGGACUCAAUGCUAUCAAGACAACACCUAUAGACUCGGUGGUAAAGCCUCAUGAUCCUGUAUGUGAAUUAGCGAUAUUAAAGAAAUUACAAGAGAACAGGAUUAAACACGUAAUUGAAUUAGAAGAUUCCAGCAUAAAUCAAAGAAUAGUAAGUUUGAAAUUUCCUUACAUUAAGGAAAAUCUUCAUCAAUAUCUUUUAAAAUACUUCAAAAAGCCGCGUUGGAAUCCAUAUCUCUUGAAGUCGAAAGAAGAGACGUUAAGUUUCGUGAAUAAACUGGACAUCAAUUAUGCAAUUGAUUUCUUCCACCAGUUAUCUCAGGCCUUAUGCUUUGUUCAUGCUCGUCAGAUCAUACACAGAGAUGUAAAAUUACAGAACGUUCUGGUGGACUGCUCAGGCACAGGAGUUCCCAACUUGGUCCUAACUGAUUUUGGAAUAGCUUAUGAUGUAAACAAUCCACAAGAACCACCCGAGAAUAAGAUAACAGACGUCUCCACAUCGAUAUACAAGGCUCCUGAGCUGCUUUUCAGUGUUAAAAACUACAUGUAUGCUAUAGAUAUCUGGGCUUUGCUUAUCCUUGUUUCGCAGUUAUUCCAAGCAUCCAGCAAAACCGAAAACUACAUUCCUGCAUUUGUAGAUGACGGAAGUGAGACUUUUCAUCAGGGGAGUGAUAUACGGUUAAUUUCGUCCAUAUUUCAUGAAUUGGGUAUUCCUCCGAUAGAGGAGUGGCCAGAGGUACGAGACUAUGGUUCACCGGCGUUUGAAGGCAUGUUCGGUAGUAAGGGUGAUGGCAAUUAUGUGUUAGAUCAAUCAGAGGAGGAGCAAAGAAAAACAUGCUUGAAACUAUUUCCCAGGCUUCAAGAGGUAGCACAAAAGCGCCAGUCAAUUCUCAUCUCUGCCCUGCUGCGCAUGCUACCGUUUGAAUCCACAAUGAGAAUCAGUAGCAUGGAGCUUGUUGAAUUGCUUGAAUCUUAA